AAGUAGGGAGAGGAUCUUUCAGGACAUUGCGGUUCCCGAGGCUCCUCCUCUGCGGAUGGUCACUGCCCCUCCGCCAGGCUUCCUGCUCGAGGAGUUUCCUUCCCAGCCAGGCCAGCCCAGAAGCCAGAUAGUCCCGGGACAGGCCCAGUCCCAGAGCCCAGAGAUGCUGCUGCUGCUCCUGCUGCUGCCCGUGCUGGGGGCGGGGUCCCUGAACAAGGAUCCCAGUUACUCUUUAAGUCUUCAAGUGCAGAGGCUGGUGACGGUGCAGGAGGGCCUGUGUGUCAUCGUGCCUUGCAACCUCUCCUACCCCCGGGAUGGCUGGACCGAGUCUACUGCUGCUUAUGGCUACUGGUUCAAAGCAGGAACCAACACAAAUACGGGUGCUCCUGUGGCCACAAACAACCCGAGUCGAGAGGUGGAAAUGAGCACCCGGGGCCGAUUCCAGCUCACUGGGGAUCCCGGCAAGGGGAGCUGCUCCUUGGUGAUCAGAGACGUGCAGAGGGAGGAUGAGGCACGGUACUUCUUUCGGGUGGAGAGAGGAAGUCAUCUGAGACAUAAUUUCUUGAACAAUCGCUUCGGUCUAAGAGUAACAGCCCUGACUCAGAAGCCUGAUGUCUACAUCCCCAAGACUCUGGAGCCCGGGCAGCCGGUGACGGUCAUCUGUGUGUUUAACUGGGCCUUUGAGGAAUGUCUGGCCCCUUCUUUCUCCUGGACGGGGGCUGCCCUCUCCUCCCAAGGAACCAGACCAACCACCUCCCACUUCUCAGUGCUCAGCUUCACGCCCAGCCCCCAGGACCACGACACCGACCUCACCUGCC